AUGGAUUCAAUUCACAAGUUAAGGUUUCAAGUGGGCGAGGCUAGGGUGCCUGUUGGAGCCAUUUUUGGAGGUCAACAGGCUAUUUCUUGUUUUCAAGAAAUCAAGUUUAUAUUAUUAAUAUGUUUUGAUAACAUUGCAGGAUUACUAAGGUGUGGAAAAAGCUGCAGAUUGAGAUGGACAAAUUAUCUUAGACCAAAUUUGAAGAGAGGAUUUCUAUCUGAAGAUGAAGAGAAGAUAAUUAUUGACCUUCAUCCCAAGCUUGGAAAUAGAUGGUCCAAGAUUGCUUCUCAUCUCCCCGGAAGAACUGAUAAUAAUAUGAAAAUUUACUGGAAGACAAGCAUCAAGAAAAAGCUGAGGAACAUGGGAAUAGAUCCCAUGUCCCGCAACCCCCCACCGCUUCCAUUGCCGUUGAAAGAACAUACACAAAAUCCUUUGGCGGAACAAGAACCACCAUUAGACGCGGUAGAUCAAAACAAAGACACUGGAAUCUCAGUGCAAUCCACCAUUACAGAGGGCAAAGAUGAAGGCAAAAACAUGGCUUCAAGCCCAUUAAUGGAGGUUAGCAAUGAGUUCAGAGUAGAUGAAGUCCUAUGGGAAGCCAAUAAUGCUUUAAGAAAGUUGGUUCAAAGAAGGGAUCAUGGACUACUGAGGAAGAAAUUUUUAGAACUUACGCCUCCUACUAGACUUCCCAAUCUACCUCUUGUAGCCAAUCUGUUGUCCACUACAACCUCCUGGUACUUAACUGAUCGUAUCACCAAGUGGAACAUCAAGAACCGCUCGUUCUUGUGCCUGUAA